AUGCCCCAAGACCCAAACCUCUAUGGGCAACCACCGCCUAAGAAGCGCAAGAAUGAUAUGGCUUUGAGCAGUUCCAUGGAUUUCACUGCCCAGCUGUCCUCUAUCAUAUCUGGCCCAUUCGCCAACGCUCCUACGGUGGCAAGACCUCGCCCGUCGCGGUCCAAAGACAACAUCUUUACUGGCGUAAAAUCGAGGCGGCAGAACGACAGCCCCAGAAAGGCGGGCUCGUCGUCCAAGGCGGAUUCCACGAAGCUGAAGCUGAGAGAUCCUCUGCGUACCGGCGAAGAAUCCUCAGAACUGGCCCGCACCCGGCGCAAGAUGGAAGAGAAGGCGCGCCUGUACACCGCCAUGAAACGCGGUGAUUACGUGCCCAAAGAAAAUGAAGCUGCGCCACUGAUCGACUUUGACCGAAAAUGGGCAGAAGCCGAGGCAAGAGGGAGAAAGGACGACGAUGAAGACGCUCUAAGUUCCGACUCCGAUGACGACGACGACAACGAUGGUGAUGGAGAGAACGCCAACCAGGAAAUUGUUGAGUAUGAGGACGAAUUUGGGCGUUUGCGGCGGGGCACCAAAGUCGAGAUAGAACGUCUGGAGCGACAACGCCGCCGCGGCCUUCUCGGUGCUGAGGAGCUCGAGCGCAUGUCUGCUCGGCCUGCUGCACCCGCGAAACUUCUACAUGGUGACGCUAUUCAAACAAUGGCAUUCAACCCGGAAGACCCCGAGAAGAUGGAGGAGCUGGCACGCAAACGUGACAGGAGCGCCACACCCCCCGACUUGAGGCACUACGAUGCCGAUAGCGAAAUUCGAACCAAGGGUACCGGGUUCUAUAAGUUUAGCAAGGAUGAGGAGACGAGGUCUAAGGAAUUCGAGAGUCUUGAAGCAGAGCGACAGAGGACAGAGACAGCGAGGAAAGAUCGUGAGGAUAAAAAGGAGGCAAGACGGAAGGAAAUAGAGCAACGGCGUAGAGACGUCGAGGCGAGGAGAGCCCAGAAACUUGCUGAUAGCUUCCUGGACGAUUUAGCAACCGAUCUCCAAGGCCAAUAG